CUUGGUAACCGUAGAAUUUGGUGAACUUUUCAUGUUGAUGACAGUGUGCUGAUUUUUGUUUAUAUGCACGGAGAAACAAGUACAUCAUAAAUUCCACAUUUUAAAUACUAUGUGAUUAAUUGAAAAGUCUCUAAUGUCAGACUUGUACAUUUAGUGAUCAUUUAUUGGAGUCAAUGUUUUGCAUAUUAUAUCGUCACAACACCUGUUACCGAUGUUCACGAAACUGAUUAAAUGAGACAGCAGCUCGGAUAAAUAAAAAGUUAUGAAAACAACAUGAUAUGGCUUAAUGCACUAGAAAUAAGGAUUAUUAGAUCCGUGGUGUAGAUUUGGACAAUGGCGGCCACAAAUCUAAAUAUUUCUGCAGAGUCUGGUUCGACCACUAAGCUGCCAUUAUUGAGACAAGGAAGAAGCAGCCUGGUCUCUCCUGACAAUGUACCAGUGACCUUGACCUCAAGAGAAAGGGCACAAUCAUGGGCUGCAGAGAUUAGAAACAAAAUUUCCAAGUCGAUUGAAAAUAAGGAAGAGGUGAAUAAGGAAGAUGCGUAUGACUUGAAAGAAGAACUGAUCGCAGUUUUCAUCACUGCCCUUCAACAGGAUAGUCGUCAGUCAUGGAUUUUUCUUCAAGAAGUGUUGGAGGUUGUCAGUCCUUACAAAGAAUGUUUGACAUCUCUGGGUACAAAGAAAGAGUUCUAUCAUUACCUGGAGAGAAUUAUACACCACAUGGAAAGAAAUAAAGAACGUUUCUUUGAUCUUCAAAUAACCGAGUCACUCAACAAGAUAUUCACAGAAGAGUGUAUGUUGCUGACUAGAAAAGGAACACACCCAGCCAAUACCUACUGUACGAGCAUAUCGCUCCAGUCGCCGAAGAAAUCUGUCACAUCUCCUCGCAAGACUGUAAAGCUGCUGCUUCCCGAUGGAACGGACCCAUAUGCUCCACGUCUUUCGUCUGUUAAAACAACUACUGUAAAGGAACUGACUAUGCGAGACCUUAGCAAGUCCAUCAGCACUGUUGCUCUGGAGCUGGCCGCAAAUGAGUCCAUUUGGAGUCACUGCCUGGGGACCACCGCACUUGCACUUGCCAUAGAUAUUCCUGAUGAGAAGAAAGUGUCUGAGAAGGCAACGUCUGGAAGAACGAGUGUGGUGAGUCGAAGUAUUCCGACCCCGCGGACACUGGAGGAAGCCCUGGACAAGCUGGUCAUCCGAGGGCCCAAGAAGGAACUGUCAGGACGAGAGGCUGUGAAAUAUUUUGCUGCGUGUCACCACCUUGGAAAGAUCAAGUCGGUUUACUUUAACCUGGUCACUUCACGCCACUACCGUCCUUAUGAUCUCGUAUCUGUUACACAAGAAAAGACCAACCCUGAGCACUAUGUGUUUUCCACGUUUGGUGUACUGCACGUCUACCCAGACCAACCCAACGACAGCAUGACGCUUGGAGAAUGGCAGCGAGAGGCCGUGCUAUGGCAGGCGGUUUCCUUAAUCCCGUUCUUCAAGAACUACCUCAUCAGAAAGAUGUUUGACAGGUGGCGAUCCAAUAAGCUGUUCUUGGAGUUCCAGCGGAAGCUGCAGGCUGUGGACGUCAGUCUUCUUCAGAACAUCAUUCCUUUUGGAGCGGCACUCCUCCAGAUAUCCAGAUUGCUCAAAGAACUCAUCACAGUCCAGUUCUUGCCCUUUGAGGUGGACAAAACUUACCAACUUGGAGAAUUUGAGAACAUCAUCAACUACAAAAAUAUUCAGGCAGACAAAAUACUGGAAAGGUUCUUCACCUACUGUAAGAUGGUUGUUACCGUAACAGCUGAGGAAUCAUUUAAGAAACUGAGAUAUUGUGAGGAACAAGUCAGGAAGAAGACAUAUUUUUCCAAGGACUCUCUCCAUCUACAGCGGAUAAAGAAAGAACAGAGAGAAGAAAACCUCAGACUUGCCAGAAGUGAAACUGCUCGUCUUGGUAACUUCGUGAAGCUGGUGGACCACCUCAUUGUGGAGCACAUGUUCGACAUGACCAAGAUGCAGGUGAUCAACUUCAUCUACAACGUCCUCAACGUCGGGGCGGACGCACCGCGGGAAGGUCUCUUUAAAGCCAACCUUGUCUUCACAAAACAUGAUACUCUGGGUCUGUCUCCAUCCAAGGAGAAAUUCCUGCGAGUUCUCGAGAGUUCCCUGCAAGGCAUUCCAGCUGUGUUGUGUGCCAGAGCCUUCCCGAUGGACGGAUCAAUCUACGAACAUGACAGCUCUGAGGAAACGGAACUGACUGCUCAGCUCAACCAAGCUGAUGUGAAACAUACAUCAUCUCACUCACUGGUCGAUGGUCAGAAAGUGGACACAGCAUCUAUGGACGGCCAGGGUCACAAGUCGGACAGCCAGGUUCAUGGUUCACUGUCGGUACCAGAAUCUCACUCGGAAGAAACAGUUGAUGAUGGUGAUGAUGAUGAAGGAAAGGAACCCACAGCUGUCAUAUCCAUAACGGAUGAAGCUCUCUCUGCACCCAACCUUCCAAGAACUGGAGAGACACUGGAAGGCGAUCUUCCUGGGUUUGAACGAGCAGUUCGCUUUCACGACCUCCGGCAAAAUAUCGAGCCUGAGCAAUUGGCUAAUUUGACAAUGGACAGAGAGAGACACUGGAAGGCGAUCUUCCUGGGCGUGAACGAGCAGUUCGCUUUCACAACCGCUUGCAAAAUAUCUCGCCUGUAG